AUGCGUCGGAAGUUCAAGUCCCUCCGCAACUCCAAGAAUCCAACCGGCGACCCCGACUGUCCAGAGGACGUAAAACGCGCCAAACGAAUCAACCGCGCCAUGGAGGCUCGGAUGUCCGUUCUCGAUAUGGGAUCUGAACUUGCAACGAUCGGUCAGUUAGCGAACAGCGAGCAGACCAUGAGCCAAACGGCCCAACGCCGUCGUCGAAUUGACGAAAUCGUGGCUGAUAGCGCGGAAAACGAAGCCAUCAAGCGUCGUUUGGUGUUUGAGCAGCGUCACGCGCGACAACACACGUUUGAAGUUCUAGCAGCCAUGCAAGAGCGACAACAAGCGAUGGAGCUAGAGUACCGCCAGUAUCAAAUGCAACUUGCUGCUGAACGUGAUGAGCGAGAAGCUAAACGUCUGGAGCGACAAGAAGCAAUGGAUAUCCAACGCGAAGCGCGUCAAGCUACGAUGGACCAAAUCAUGGUGGCCAUGAUGUCCAAAUUCCUUGAGAAGUAG